GUGGGGAGGUGCGGAGCUGGGCGUGGGGGAGGCGGGGCCGCGGGACCCCUCCUUCCCGCCCUCCCUCUCUCUCUCCUAGCCGCGAUCUGGCCCCCGCAGCUCUGAGCCGGGAUCGGGUUGCUAACGCCGGCAGGAGGCGAGGAGGGCGCAGCUAGAGCAGAGCCUAAGGGGGUAGAAAGUGGUUGGAGGAUAGGGCGGAAGAUACAAGGGAGCAGAGGGUCCAUCAGUGCGGGCUGCGGAGACAUAAUCCAAGGAGGGAAGGAAGGGGAGAAAGGAAAAGGGAGAGGGGGUGAUACUGACCCGGGAUAGGGUAGGAGACCCGGCAAGGACAGGGUGUGAAACUGACCGGGGGCACCUGGCUGAACCAAGUAGGGCCACCUGACGGGGUUGACUGAGGGACGGUCAACUACAUUGCAGGCGGCCGUGGGGGAAACAGGUGAAUCCGACCACUCACAUCUCCGCGCCCCCAAUAUACACCCAUUCUCCCCACCGAGUCGACCGUAGCCAUGGACCCGGGCCCCGGCGGCCGCGGUGUCCCCUGUAUCCAGCGUCUGCCCCUCUGCACCUUGGCGCUGGCCCUGGUCGCUGUCGGCUGUAAUGUAGCCUCCGCCUUCAACCUGGACACCCGGUUCCUAGUGGUGAAGGAGGCCUCGAACCCUGGGAGCCUCUUCGGCUACUCGGUCGCCCUCCAUCGGCAGACUGAGCAGCAGCGGCGCUACCUACUCCUUGCUGGUGCUCCCCAGGAUCUUGCUUUACAUGACAGCCAAACCAACCGGACAGGUGCAGUGUACCUGUGCCCCCUCAGCGACCGAACAGAUGACUGCGAACGGAUGAACAUAGUGGAAAAAAGCGAUCCCAGGCAGCACAUUAUUGAGAACAUGUGGCUUGGGGUGACAGUGGCCAGCCAGGGACCUGCUGGCAGAGUGUUGGUCUGUGCCCAUCGCUACACCAAGGUGCUGUGGUCAGGAUCGGAGGACCAGCGGCGGAUGGUGGGCAAGUGUUAUGUGCGGGGCAACGAUCUACAGCUCGACCCCAGAGAUGACUGGCAGACGUACCAUAAUGAGAUGUGCAACAGCAACACAGACUAUCUGGGCACAGGCAUGUGCCAGAUGGGUACCAGCGGGGGCUUUACCCACAACACUGUGUACUUUGGGGCACCUGGUGCCUACAACUGGAAAGGUACCACCUACAUGAUCCAGCGAAAAGACUGGGAUUUUUCCGAGCACAGUUUUACAGACAAAGAGGACGUAGGACAUCUCUACAUAGGGUACACAGUACAGGUGGGGAAUGGCAUCUUGCACCCUGAGAGUCUCACCAUUGUAGCUGGGGCUCCCCGGGACCGCCAUUCAGGCUCUGUCUUCCUCAUGAACCUGGAGGCAGGUGGGGAAAUGCAGCUGAAGCAAGUGUUAGAGGGGAAACAGGUGGGCGCCUACUUCGGCAGUGCCAUCGCUCUAGCAGACCUUAACAAUGACGGGUGGCAGGAUAUCUUAGUGGGUGCCCCCUACUACUUUGAACGGAAGGAAGAGAUUGGCGGUGCUGUCUAUAUUUUUAUGAAUCAGGGAGGCAUCUUCCCCACCAGCCCUUCUCAACAGCUCUAUGGUCCAAGCGGCUCAACUUUUGGCUUCUCUAUAGCCAGCCUUGGGGACAUCAACCAGGACGGCUUCCAGGAUGUUGCAGUGGGUGCUCCAUUUGAGGGUUCUGGCAAAGUCUACAUCUACCACAGCAGUGCCUCAGGCCUCAAGGACCAACCUCAGCAGGUGAUUCAUGGGGAUAAGCUUGGCGCCCAUGGCCUGGCCACCUUUGGCUACUCGCUGAGUGGGCGGCUCGACGUGGAUGAGAACUCGUACCCCGACCUGCUGGUGGGGAGCCUGGCUGACCGCAUCGUGCUGUUGCGAGCCCGUCCAGUUAUCAACAUCCUCAACAAGACUCUGGCAGUGAAGCCGACCAUGCUGGAUCCUGCCCGCUGUACUUCCACCUCCUGCAUUCAGGUCGAGGUAUGCUUCGCCUACAACCAAAGUGCAGGGAAUCCAAACUACAGACGAAAUAUCACCCUGGCAUAUACCCUGGAGGCAGAUCGAGAUCGACGCCCACCCCGAGUCCGGUUUGCUAAGAGUCUUUCUUCUACCUACCAUGGACUGUUUUCCAUGCCUGAAACACACUGCCAAACCCUUGAUCUACUUCUGGUGGACAAUAUUCGGGACAAGCUCCGCCCCAUCUCGAUCUUCAUGAACUACUCUUUACCAGAAAAGCUUCCUAAGCACCCACGCCUUGGACUCCAUUCCCUGGAUGCCUUUCCCAUCCUUAAUGAGGCUCAGCCCAGAGAGAACCAAACAGAGAUUCAAUUCCAGAAGGAAUGUGGUACUGACAAUAAAUGUGAUAGUAACUUACAGCUUCAGGCUGCUUUCUUGUCUGAACAACUACAGCCCAUCAAUAGACUUCAGUACAGUAAGGAUGUCCGAAAGCUGUUCCUGAACAUCAAUGUAACCAACAUGCCCAGCAGGGACCGAGCUGGAGAGGAUGCUCAUGAGGCUUUGCUCACCUUAGUUUUGCCUCCAGCCUUACUUUUCUCCUCUGUCCGCCCUGCUGGAGCCUGUCAGGCUAAUGAGACCAUCCUAUGUGAGCUGGGAAACCCUUUUAAAAGGAACCAGAAGAUGGAGCUGUUUAUUGCCUUUGAGGUCAUUGGUAUCACCCUACAGACUCGGGAUAUUGAGGCUCAGAUGCAGCUUUCCACGUCUAGUCACCAGGAUAACCUAAAGCCUGUGACUUUGAUGCUGCAAGUGGAUUAUACACUCCAGGCCUCUCUUGGCAUGGUGAAUCACCGACUACAGAGUUACUUUGGGGGAACAGUGAUGGGAGAGUCAGGCAUGAAAAAUGUCACUGAUGUGGGGAGCCCUAUCACCUUGGAAUUCCAGGUGGGCUCAGUGGAUGAGGGGCUGACAGCUUUGGGAACUCUGGUCUUAGGGCUGGAAUGGCCCUAUGAAGUUAGUAAUGGCAAGUGGCUUCUGUAUCCCACUGAGAUUAUCAUCCACGGCAAUGGAACCUGGCAUUGCCAGCCACCUGGGGACCUCAUCAAUCCUCUCAACCUCACAAUUUCUAAGGAUGAAGCUUCUUCCCAGAGACGCCGGCGAAGGGAGCUGGAUCCUGGAGAGUCACAGGCCCCUCCUCCUAUUACCCUGGCCACUUCCAGGAAGGCAGAGUCAGAGACUGUGUUGUCGUGUGCCAAUGGUCGAGCUCGCUGUGUGUGGCUGGAGUGCCCGAUUCCUGAUGUCUCAGUACCCUCUACCAUGACAGUGCAGGCACGAGUGUGGAAUAGCACCUUCAUCGAGGAUUACAGUGAUUUUGACAGAGUCAGGGUGGAUGGCUGGGCUACCCUUUUCCUCCAAACCAAUAUCCUGACUAUCAAUAUGGAGAAUAAGACGACAUGGUUUUCUGUGGACAUUGACUCAGAACUGACAGAGGAGAUUCCUACAGAGAUUGAGCUCUGGCUGGUCCUGGUGUCUGUGGGAGCUGGGCUGUUACUGUUGGGGCUCAUCAUCCUUUUGCUUUGGAAGUGUGGCUUCUUCAAACGAGCUAGCACUCGAGCCCUGUAUGAAGCCAAAGGGCAAAAGGCGGAGAUGAAGAGCCAGCCUUCUGAGACGGAGAGGCUGACAGAUGACUACUGAGGGGAGACCCAUGCCUCCCCACCCCACACACACCCCGGUGUGACUUCUUCAAACGGACCCAUUAUUACCGGAUCAUGCCAAAGUACCAUGCUGUGCGGAUACGGGAGGAGGAGAGGUACCCACCCCCAGGGGGCACACUGCCCCCCAAGAAGCACUGGGUCACCAACUGGCAAGAUCGGGACCGAUACUACUGAUAUUUUCUUAAGCUUCCAUCUGUGCCUAAAUUCACUACCCACUCCUCCAAAUCCAACCUUUUUUCAUUCUAUUUAUCAUAAGUUAUGCCUCCUGUUGCCUACAGGAAGCAUCACUUGGCCCUUAGCACCUUUGAGUCCAGGAUUAUUUUCCUCAUCUCCACUAUGGCCAGGGAAGUGCCUUCUUUUAUUUCCUGAACCUAUCCCUUAUUUUCCAAAUUCUCCCCACUUUUUCCUGCCUCCCUUUCUCUCCUCCUCCUUCCUUCCCUCCCUCCCUCUCUCUUUCCAUCUUUCUCUUUCUCUCUCUCUCUCCUUCCCUCUCUCUUUCCAUCUCUCUCUCUCUUUUUUUUCUCUCUCCCUCUCUCCCCCUCUCUCUCUUCCUUUCCCUUCUUGCUCCCACCCCCAUCAACACGUGCACAUGCUUGUGCACACAAAAGUACUGAUUACUCAUUCCUCCCUCCCUAGGCUACGUUUUCUGUCUUUCAGAUGAACAGGGACUGUAGACACUUGCUAAGGCCAUGUUCACAUUACCCGUUGUCCCUACAUACAAGUGAUCCCAUGUAGGUGUUUGAGGGAUUUUCUUGCAUUACAUGUGACCAUGCAUGGAAUGUCCCAAGUCUUUGCUGGUGCCAAAACCUGGAUACCCCUCCCCAUUCUCUUCCUGCCUUCUCCAUAAUCUUGCAUAACCCCCUGAUCCUCCGGGGUCAGGAAGAAUGAAAAUCCCCAAGUCUUAUGGGGGAAAAAAUCACUCUUGACCUUCACACUGGACCUACAUUGAGCCAUAGCCACUGGAUUGAUUCUCCUUGGGGGGCAAUGAUGACUGCUCAAGUCGGACCAGAGAUGACCCUCAUCAAAGGCCACUAGCCAUUCACAGAGAGCAAAAGAGAAACUUCUAAGGUGGGAAGUUGACAGGCCUUUGAUCAACCAAAAAGGCUUCUUUUAUAGCCUUUCUCAAAGGCUUCUGCCAUUUACAUCCCCUCCACCCUCCGGUGACAGACUGAAACUUCAGAGCAUUCAAGAGGGAAGUUAGACUCCAAAUCCUUGCCUGACAGUGGUCUCUGUGCAGGAUGUAAGAUAUACAAAGAGAUGGCAUUGAUGUGACCAGAUGGGGAGAUUUGGAAGAAAGAAGGGGGAUUGACAAGAUGGGUUGGAUAUGAGAUGGGAAUGUCCGUCUCUUCUCCACAUCACCUCUCUGCCUCACUAGGGGUAGAAAAAGGGGAAAUGGCAGUGAUCGUUCCUAGAUCCUAGUAGGGCAAAUGGGGGAGGAAAACAGAUGACUCAAUGAAUGUAGAGUAGAGCUUGAGGCUUUGGAAAUAAGCCCUUGCCCUUCUCCAGCUGGACCUCUCCCUCCACCAAUACUCUUCAUGACAGCUGCUUCUCCACUUUUCCCUUGUACUUCCUCCCAGCCCCUCACCAUGAGGAAGUGGUUUGAGACCACUAGAGAGUAUGGCUCCUGGAGGUCAAAGUUUUGAUUAUCAGUACUAGGGCUAAGACACAAAAUACUUCCCAAGGGAAGUUAAUGGAAGUUAACAGACUUCUCUUGAGUCUGGCCUCUUGGCUGCUAUGGUAAAAAGCUACUGUUUGUUCUUCUCUCUGGGCCCUCUAUAUCCUUCCCCUUCCAUGGUACUGUAGCAGGGGAGCCCCCUCCCCACCCUUGUGCCUUCACUGUAUAUAGGCUUCUGGUGGCAACCAAUAAAUUGCUUCUGAUUUGUAA